GCCAUGCAGGAGAGAGCAGCACAGGUGAGGCUGUUAGUUGCCUGCUAAUGAGGACACCUGUUAAAGUGAUCCAGAAAAGGUGCCUUUUUGCUAGGCGCUGGAGACAUGUGCGAGAGCUGCUGGCAGAGGCUGCUGCCCACUGAUCAAAACGAGACACUUUUUUCUUGUUGGCCUUUAAGUCCUCUUUCACCAUUCUAUACAAUGGGAAGAGUAGAGUUCUACGCUCUCUGGUCUCUUUUGGAAGCUCCUCGUCAACUGAUCAGCAAGGGAGGACGGCUGAGUUUCCAACUUCCACUUCCACCACCCCUUCCCAAACAACUGAUUGUCUUUGGCCUUGGCGACUGGAGCUCUUACACCAUGGACACUUGUAUCACAGUGCAGCUCAUAACUGGAGAGACACAGAAACAGCCUUUAGGCAUGCUGUCGGCUGACUCCAGGUCCCUUGUGUGGGAAGGAGAAUGGAGUCGGAACAUUGUCAUGGAAUGUGUAAAGCUGGCAGCUCAAGGAAUUCCAGCAAAGCUUUCCCUUAUAGUUACUGGGCAGGUGCUGAAAGCCCCAGGGUUCAGCAGCAGCACUCCAGCUAGAAGGCGACUAAGUGUGGGUCUACCCAAAUCCCCUUUACUGUCUGAGAGUACCAUUGCACCUGUCAGACCUCUGGAGGACAAAAGUCAGCCAGGAGAGGUCAUAGGACUGGUAGUCGGUGGCACACAAAAAGAUUCUCCCCCUCUUAAAAAGUUAGCUGUAAAUCUACCUCCCCACAGUAUACAGGGAGGAAAAGGUGGCCAGGAGAAUCUUAAGAUGUCAAACUGGAAGCCAAGGAACCCCCGAAGACUACGCUUUAGCAGCAGAGGGUCUGAGGAAGGUUCUGACUCAGCAGUGUGCCCCUCUCCACGGUGGUACCAUUGCAUCUGUCUUUGUGAUCCAGAAACUGCAAUCUUGAUUGGUGGGGAAGGAGCCAACCAACAGCCCUGUAAGGACUCUCUCUGGAAGUUGGAAAUUGACAACGAUUUUUGGUUCCCCAUGGAUAAACUGUGUGCUGGCCCUUUCCCCCAAAGUUCUCGAGGCCACACUGCAACCUUUGACCCGGAAACAAAAAAAUUGUUUGUGUACGGUGGUAUGAAGGAAAGAAGUAAGUUUAACAAUGUCUACAUACUGGACACUGUGGAAUGGAAGUGGACACUGGUAACUGCAGUGGGAAAGGUGCCCACAUUGUCCCAUCACAGUGCUACAAUGUACCAGCGAGAGUUGUACGUGUUUGGAGGACUGUGUUCACAGUCUGGCACAGAGAGCUGCUGCAACUCUCUUUAUAUCUUCAACCCUGAUUACAAUAUCUGGUACCAGCCCAUUGUUGAGGGUGAACGGCCACUUCCAAGGUUUGGUCAUACCGCCACAUUGCUUGGGAAUCGUGUAGUGAUAUUUGGGGGCCGUCGCUCCCCUUCACCAGUUUAUCUUAAUGACUUGUACAUCUUGGACCUUGGUUACAUGGAAUAUUCAACAGUUUCCAUUUCUGCUUCUAUGGAAAAACCUUCACCACGCAGUUUUCAUGCAGCAGUACAGGUCUCUGAUCACAAGUUUCUGGUCCAUGGAGGCUUCUCUUUGCUUGGGCCCCUUAGUGAUGCAUUCAUCUUUGAUAUAGAUACUUUGUCUUGGAGCUCUGUUAAGUUUGGGGAUUUGCCACCCAUGUCUCGAGCUGGUCACACUUUACUGAACCUCACCUCAUAUCAUCUGACUGAUGCUGAUAAAGAGAAGCACAGGGGACGUAGUAUUUGCAGUGUACUUAUCACUGGAGGCUCAGAUGGUUCUGGAACCUUCUACUGUGACACUCCUAAACUGCAAUUGGGUAUUGACUGAUCCACCUAUGCCAUGUUGUGUUAAACACAAAAAAUAGAGUUUUAUAAAUAUAAUGCACUACCUUUUGAUAAAAAGUCCCAAUUGUGCACUUGAACAAUUUAAAGGGGUUGUUCACCUUUUAACUUUUAGUAUGAUGUAGACACUGGUACUCCAAGACAAUUUGCAACUGGUUUUCAUUUUUUAUUCUGUGUGGUUUUUCAGUUAUUUAGUUUUGUGUUCAUUAGCUUUUCAGUUUGGAAUUUCAGCAGUUAUUUGGUUGCUAGGGUCUUGUUUACCUUAGCAAUCAGGGAGU